AUGCCCGCCAUAAGACAAAGACUCGGCUCACGUGAUCUGCUGGAGUACGAUGCCAGGUACGGCGUGUUGAUCUGUCGAGAAUGCCAGUACGCCAUUCAGAAGAGCGCGCUGCAGAGCCACCUGCUCCGGCACAAGAUCUACCGCCUCGAAAGACAACGUUUAUUGUCCUCCAUAGCUGAACUCGACCUUCUCGAGCCGGACCAUGUGCCCCUACCUACCCCAACCUCCUCACCAAUCGAGGCUCUACCCACCUUCUCUGGCUACUGCUGUGCGGCGGCUGGGUGUGGAAAUCUCUGCGUCAGUUCCAAACGCAUGAAACGCCACUGGAGCGAAAUACAUGGCCUCAGCGAGCCCCCUCCUGAUUUCUCCUCCUUCGCCCGUCCGGUGAAACUUCAGACGUUCUUCCGUGGCACAAAACUUAGGUAUUUCGAGGUCGCUUCUUCGCCGGCAGGUACAGCCGGAGCGGCGCGGCUGGCUGCCACUGAUAGUGAUGGUGGUGAUGAAAUGCAUGAUGAAGGGCAUAAUGAGGAAAGGCACGGUCACCAAAGUAGCGAUGAGCAAAAGAAUGGUGAGCAGUGGAAUGAUGCAGGCCCAUCGGCGUCACCACGCGUUCCAACACCCCUCGGGGCCCCUUCCCCGUCAUCUCUAGUCGACUUCGACCUGGAAACACUGACAUAUUUCCACCAUUUCAUCACCACGACGAGCCUCACCCUUCCUGGCGCCGAAAACCCACAGCUCAUAACGCACUACUGGAAGACGGACUUUGUUCCCCAAGCCCUGCGGCGGCGAUGGCUCAUGUGCGGUCUGUUAGCCAUCUCCACGUGUCAUUUAGCUGCGCUUGCGGACAACACGACGAUCGCGCGGGUCUACUGCGAGCGAUCAGCGCAAUUCCUUACAGGAUUCUGCGUCGGACGGGAAGAGACUGUACAACGUGACUCGGGUACGGUGACCACCGGGGUCGAAGAGGAGGCGAAGGCAGGCCGUCAAGUGAGCUGCGUGUUAAGUUUUGCACACUGGGCAUUGGCUGAACUCAGGCUCAAUCUCGGGAUUACCCCAGAGCCGGCGGCCCCUCGUCAGCUUCAGUCCAUCAUGACGACUAUUCAGAGCUUCGAGGUCGCCCACUCUACGCGUCGUCCCGCCGGUGGCAGUCGCCGACUGGAAUCGUUCGCUAACGCAAAGAGAAUCUUGGAAAUGAGCAGCUCAUUAGAUGCUGGGAGCAUUGGUGCAUGUUCCUCUAGUCAUAACAUACCCUCUGCGCUACUCGACUGCCUUCGAACGCUUCCAUCUCGCAUGGCAGAGAUGUUCGGAAGACCAGACAGUGGCCGGGACGUCCUCGCCACUCUGUCAGCCAUUGCCGCCCUGGCUGAAUGUUGUGAGACCAGCUUCGCGUCUGAUGAUGUUGGGCCAGCGUGGCGCGGUAUGGCGGCGUGGCUGACCAAGGUCCCGGAUCGAUUUAACCAGAUGGUUUCGCGCCGUAGUCCAGCGGCGCUUGUGGUGCUGGCCCAUUGGGCGGCGUGGCUGGUCAAGCGAGCCGAGGAUUGCGGCUGCUGGUUCCUGAAGGGCACUGCGAAGACGAUUCUUCUCCAGAUUGCAGAACGACUUCCUGCAGACGACCGCGCAGUCCAGACCCUGUUGGAAGGCUUAUGA